AGUUACUGAGCUACAGAUGUCAGGUACUGACUAGAGACUGAGACUGCUGGAAAAUAGGAACUCACGAGGAUCCCUUUUUGGGGGUUACCCUUGCACCCUGAAAGGACUGAGACCACCCCCCAUUCAGACACACUCUGCUCAGCACGACUUCUGCCCUUGAGGAUCCAGUCUGCCUGUGUGGCCCCUAUACAAUUCUGCCCCCCACCAUCACCUGACAGCUUUAACAUCCCUUGUGCAGCGGAUUCAUGAUUUUGUUACCCUGACAGCUUGUUGGCUGACACUCACCCCAACGUAGUCGCCCCCGACGUUGUGUAUUGGAUUCUGGCACCUGAGACCUUACCCCCCAAGUCAAAAGAGGCUUUGCCAUCACCAAAACAUUCUGUGGCCCCCCUAGAAGCGAAGAAUGUGGGUAUACAGGGCCCCACUAUUCCUCCUGUUUCUGCUUCUGGGUCAGUUAUCACCCCAGGCCCAUGCACAGUCUGUUCUGACUGAUGAUGAGAUUGAAGAGUUCCUGCAGGGAUUCCUGAAGGAACUUGAUCCUGAGGAAGAAGAGGAUGACAAGGUGGAGCCUGGAGAGACAACGGUGGUGGAGCAGGAAGAAGGGGAUGCAGUGAGUAGUAGGACUAGAGGAAAUGAAGAGGAAGAUGGUACUGUUUCAAAGAAGAAAGCCAAGGCACCAAAAAGUACAGGUGGAGACACACAAGAUAAGGGUAAAGAAAAGCCGAAAAAAGAGAAACCCAUUAAGCCCACCAAGAAACCCAAGGAGAAACCACCGAAAAAGGAGAAGCCUCCCAAACCCACCAAGAAACCAAAAGAGAAGAAGCCAAAACCAACUAAAAAACCCAAAGAGAAGCCACUAAAACCCACUAAGAAGACCCCUGGGAAAAAGCCAGAGAGACCAACAGAAAGACGGGAAGAGGAGGAGAGACUUAAGAGGCCUGAAAUAAAAGAGGAAGAGACAUACAUUGAGCCUGAAAUUAUAGAAGAAGAAGAAGAUAGGUACAGGAGGCCCCAGGUUACAGAGGAAGAUGAGAGGCCCAGAAGGCCACAGGUAACUGAGACAGAAGAGACAUACAAGAUACCACAAGUUACUGAUGAAGAAGAGAGAUAUGGAAAAGAAGAAACAGAGGAAGGAUACGAAAGACCAACAAUAACAGACAGUAGAAGAAUAUAUGAUGGAGAAGAAUGGAAGGAAGAAAUUCCUGUAUUACCAAUUCCUGAACCUCCAGAACCAGACAGAGAGGAGCGCCGACCUCAGCCUGAAAAAGAAGAACUUCCAACCGAGGACUACAAUGAACGCUUGGAAAGGGAGGAUUAUGAUGACUAUGCCUACAUUAGGCGCCAGAAGAAGAAGCCACCCAAGAUCCCUGAGCACAAAAGGCCAGAAAGUCCUGUUGUUGAGGAGAAACCUCCACCAAGGAAACCUGUGGCACCACCCACGCUGCCCCCCGAUUAUCCUGAUUUCAAAUUCAAUUAUGAUGACUAUGAUUACACAGUGCAUUUUAGACCACCAGAUCGAAAGAAGGAGGAAGAGGAGGGAACAGAUGAAGAGAAAUAUACCUCAAAGAAACCUCAGAAACCAACCAGCAGCAAAGAAGAACGGGAAAGAGAGGAGAAGGAAAAAGAGAAGAAAAAACCUGAAUCCUGGGAUUCGGAAGAGGAAGAGGAGCAGCUUCCAAAAGAGAGGAAAAAGUGCCCACCUAUUGGAUUGGAAUCCCACCGCAUCGAGGAUGAUCAGAUUCUGGCCUCCUCCAUGUUGCGCCACGGCCUCCAUGCUCAGAGAGGAAGACUCAAUAUGCAGACAGGAGCCAAUGAGGAUGAUUUCUUUGAUGGCGCCUGGUGUGCGGAGGAUGAGAGCCAGGUGCAGUGGUUGGAGGUGGACACACGGAGAACCACAUUGUUCACUGGAGUAAUAACACAAGGCCGGGAUUCCCUUAUCCAUGAUGAUUUUGUCACGUCGUUCCAUGUGGGGUUUAGCAAUGACAGCCAGAAGUGGGUCUUGUACAGCAAUGGAUAUGAGGAGAUGUUAUUCUAUGGUAAUGUGGAUAAAGACACACCAGUGCAAACAGAUUUCCCUGAACCAGUGGCAGCGCGAUUCAUCAGAAUAUACCCACAGACCUGGAAUGGCAGUCAGUGUAUGCGUAUGGAGGUGCUUGGCUGUCCUCUCUCUAAUGUGGUCCAUUUUUACAGUCAGAAUGAGGUGUUAACAUCCCCAGAUAAUCUGGAUUUCCGACAUCACAAUUACAAAGACAUGAGACAGGUCAUGAAAGUUGUAAAUGAUGAAUGUCCAACUAUAACUAGGAUAUACAACAUCGGGAAGACACCCAAGGGACUAAAGAUCUAUGCCAUGGAGAUUUCUGACAACCCAGGAGACCACGAGACAGGCGAGCCGGAGUUCCGCUACACAGCAGGCCUUCAUGGCAAUGAGGUUUUAGGCCGAGAGUUGCUGCUUCUCCUCAUGCAGUUCAUAUGCAAAGAAUUUCGAGAUGGGAACCCUCGCAUCACAAGCUUGGUCCGGGAUACUAGAAUACAUCUUGUCCCUUCACUAAAUCCAGAUGGUUAUGAGAUUGCAAGCCAGAUGGGUUCAGAGUUAGGGAACUGGGCAUUGGGUCACUGGACAGAAGAAGGUUAUGAUAUUUUCACCAAUUUCCCAGACCUGAACACAGCGCUUUGGGCAGCAGAAGAAAGAAAGUGGGUUCCACACCGUGUGCCCAACCAUCAUCUACCUAUUCCAGACAGUUUCAUGGCAGAAGAUGCUACGGUUGCUAUGGAGACAAAAUCCAUCAUAGCUUGGAUGGAAAAAAUCCCAUUUGUGCUGGGUGCCAAUUUACAGGGAGGGGAAAAGCUAAUAUCUUACCCAUAUGACAUGGCGCGGCCAGUAAAAGAGGAGGCAUCUCCAGAAAGACCACGUUAUCAACAGUUCCAACAGGAAGAGGAGGAAGAAGAAGAAGAGUUCAUGGAGGUUGGAACUGAGGAUGAUGAAGGGGUGUCCCGGACUCCUGAUCAUGCAAUCUUUCGAUGGCUUGCCAUUUCUUAUUCUUCAGCCCACCUUAACAUGGGGGAGACAACCCGGGGAAGCUGCCACGCGGAAGACUACACAAAGGGAAUGGGCAUUGUCAAUGGGGCAAAAUGGAGGCCACAAUCUGGCACUAUGAAUGAUUUCAGUUACCUGCACACCAACUGCCUGGAAAUGUCCAUAUACCUGGGGUGUGACAAGUACCCACACGAGACUGAGCUGGCUGAGGAGUGGGAGAAUAACAAGGAGUCUCUUCUUUCCUUCAUGGAGCAGGUACACCGUGGCAUUAAAGGGAUUGUGACAGACAGAGAAGGAGAGCCUAUAGCCAAUGCCACCAUCUAUAUAGGAGAGAUCAACCGCAAUAUAAAAACAGCCAGCAACGGUGAUUACUGGCGAAUCCUGAACCCUGGAGAAUACCGAGUCACAGUCCGUGCUGAAGGCUACACUCAGAGCAGCAAGACAUGCAGUGUGGGCUAUGAUAUCGGGGCAACCCACUGCAACUUUGUCUUGGCACGUUCGAACUGGAAGAGGAUCAAAGAGAUCAUUGCAAUGCAGGGAAAUGGCCGCUUCCGUUUGGCACCCCCAGGGGGGCGUCGUCUAUCACCGGCCGCCCGUCAACGUUUGCAGCAACGCCGGCGCCUGUCGCAGAACAGACAAAGAAACCGCACCACUACUCUGCCUCCCACCACCACUCCUCUUGUUCCCUCAACCACCUUACCUCCCACUGAGACCCCAACCACAAUGCCCCCGCGCAGACUGGAACCUCCAACCCCUACAGAGUCACUUUGGGAUACAGAGACUGAGACUUACACAGAAAUCUUUACAGAAGUGGAGACAGAGAUUUGGGAGGAGGAGGUGAGCACGCCCGCAGCCCCAUUUACCACAGGAGAGACUUACACUGUGAACUUUGGGGAUUUCUGAUUGGCCAAACAAACAGAAACAUGAGGACAGAUACAAAAUCAUUACCAAAAUGGAGUCCACUCCACAGUUACGUCUUGUGUAGAGCUUGAUAUGCAGAGGAACAAUAAUACCCUCCAUGUAAGGCUGCCCAACUGGGGCUACGAGUUUCAUUCAAUGCUGAAUUCUUAGAGAAAUACUCUCAUGUCAACACGUAUCAGUUAAUAGUGCUGCUCCAGCAGAAUUCUGCACUGAAAUCCAUUUCUCAAAAGAGCAAACAGAUUUUUUU